GUCCGAGAGGAGAGACGAUAAUGACCUUCCACGGAGGAGCUCGCCGACGGAGUAGGAGGGCCUUUGACACACUUGACGCUCGCAGGUGAAUUGUAACCGAGAACGGAGAGGUUCGUGUGGUUAGUGUGAAGCGAGAGAUUGAACGGAGCGCGUCUGAACGAGAUAAAGAGAGAGAGAGAGAAAAAGGGUGGGAAAGACGAGACGGGUCAAAAGUGCACGGGGAACAAGUGAUAUAUGACGAUGGUGACGCGAAUGAUGAUAGUCAGCGUGACGGUCGAUGUCUGCGAUGCAACGUGAGCGCCGGCGAGCAGAGCUUGCGUCGCGCUCGAGGACGCCUGUCGAGGACCCGAAUCGCGGAGGAAGAAAAGGAUUAUCGAUGUCGCUAAGUGGUGGUAAGAGGUCGCGGUAGAGUUUCGGCCAGGAAGAAGAGGGGAGGAUCGGACAUUUGAACAGCGAGAUCUCCAAUAAGUAGGAAGAGCGUGUGACGAUCACGGGUAGAUACCAAAGAAUAUACGACGUGCACGUGGACUAGUGGCGAUGAUCCUUUUGCGAAAUCAAAAGUGCACCGGUUUCUAGUUACUAAACAAGUGGUUGGUGCUGCCGGUUGUGUUUUUAUUCAGAGCGUGCAGUGCUUCCGGCACGCUACCUCACACUUCUGGUCAUACGUAAACAAAAGUCAAAUAAAUUAUAUGCAUAUAUAUAUAUAUAUAUUAAACGUAGUUAAAUCUUCGAGCAAGUGAUGCUGAAGAUGUAUCGGAGAACGACGUUGAUCCUGCUGUGUCUUUCAAUGACGCUAUCGUACUCGGAGCUAUUCAGUGCUGAAAAACUCAGGCUAUACGCGAAGUUUUUGAAAUUCGACAAGUUAAAUAUUAACGAAACCGGAAACGACCUCUGGCAUGGACUCUUCAGGGACUGUAGCAAGAAGGUGACGUUUUCUUGCAUACAGAAAAAUGCGUAUACAUAUCUCGACAAUGCAUUCAUCGAGAGGGACAAUAUUACGAUUUUCGACGGUCUAAUACUUACGAAAAACAAUGUUACUUAUGACACGUGUCCUAAUAUAGAUAAUCCUAACGAUGUUCGCGAGAAUCUUGUGGAUGACAUCGACACAAAUGAUUGUGAAGAUAAAACGGCCGAAGAAGCGGAAGCACAAGGUCGAAAGUUUGAUGAUGAAUCACCACUUGAAGAGAUUACGAACGCUCUGCGGCGAAAAACAGUAAAAUUUUUGUCGACUCGUAAUUAUGAAAUUCAACUUCCGCAGUUCUUCUUCGAGGGCGCAACGAUGAAGAUAAGCCCGCGCGAGAUAGACGAAAAUGGUGCUCUCCUCAGAGUAGAUUUUGGAACUGACGGUGUACGAGAACAAGGACGAAUUUUUAAAAAAAUCAGAAAGUUUAUACAGAAUAAACUGUUAACCAGCUUUCUGGCUCUUCUGUUAAUUAUCAAGUUAAUUAAAGUAAAGUUUUUAUUUAUAAUUCCGUUCCUCUUUGGUGUGGGAACUGCCAAGAAACUUUUCCUAAAACUGCUGCUCUUCUUCAUUCCCGCAUUCGCCCAUAUCUUCAAGCUCUGCUCCAGCUAUUAUUCGAACCAUGGCACCAAGUUUCAUCAUCAUCAUCAUCAGAUAGCUCAUCACCAUCAUCACGUGCCGGUUCCUGUAGCUAUCCCAACGUAUUACGAGCACCCUCAUCACGAUACCUUCGAGACUUUCUCCGAUUAUCCUCAUAAUAUUCAGUACCGAAAGGAUAUGGAAGAGCUGAAGGAAUGGGGUAUUGAGCCUAACGAACCCUACGAGGAGUCCAGUCAUCGUAUAAAUCGUGUAGUCCCAGCUCCGAGUUCAGUUUCGGGGCUUACGUACUCGGGCCCGUACGGAUUGCCGCAAUACGCGCCGAAUAUAAAACCAAUUGCGUCAUCUUAUCUGGAUAAUUCGAUCGCGGCUAGCGCUCAUAAUUUGGCCUACUCCGGAUAUCGAAGGCCCGUGGCGCAACCAAGUCCCGCCGCUGUACUUCCGGUAAAUCCGGGCUUCAUGCCCGGCCCAAAGGCACCGAUAAAGAAUCCCUACGCGGUGUUCGCUCCAAACAUACGUCCGACUCACCAUCAGAUCCAGAGGCUCUUGACACCUGUCGCGAGCGUUAAAAGCUCGUCUAUGUCGAUCUCGCGGCAGGAUACGGAGGACGAAUAUUACGGGCCGAUAAUCGCCCGGCUAGAGGACAUCUUCACACAGCUGAGAUUCCACGAGGAGACGUGUAGGGAAAUGCUCGUUUGCAGCAUGUACAAAAAUCCGGCAAAUUAUUCGCCGCACAGUAAUCUUGUGUCAAACGAACUCUCCAGAGAUCCGCAAGAACUGAGGCGUGAUGUGGCAGGAAGUGCGUCAAGUCAAAAGUUCUACAGAUAUAUCAGCGCAGCCAGACAUGGACAAGAUGGUGGAGAUUGUCUCAAAACCUAUCCUUGUCACAAUAAUAUCGAAUAAAUUCCCAUGGAAUUUAUAUCAAUUCGCAUAAUAUGCGAUUAGAAUAAAACAAAUGUCUUAUCUCGUGCAAAUACUGCUGAACAUAUAUAUAUUUGCUCAAUAAGGCCGAAGAAGUUACAUUAGAAACUCAGCGUUG